UACUGAAAGGAGCUAGGGUUCUAGGACUCAACUCAAGAGAGAAAAAAAAUGAAUGAAUACGUGAAAAUGGACGUGCCGAGAUGUUGGAUUUAUCGUCCUGGAGUUUAAGAAAGACGUAUUUGAAGAACGCUUUGAGAUUUAGAUCCUGCGAUGCCAGUUUCAAGGCAGUGUUUCCAUUUCUGAACGGGAUCUUUAGGAGUGUGAUGGCUGCUGGCCUUCCCUAUCUCUAGUUGCUGGAUGUGUUGGAAAGUGCACUGCUUUGGGAGCGUUUUUGGAAUUCCGUACGCAAAUCCAGAGGCAUUUCCACCUUUCUCUAUGGAAUGUACAUAAGUAUUCUCUGGAUAGGGGUUCGCGUGUUGGGGCAAAAUGUGGGUGACUGGGAAGUUGACAUCAAUACGUUGAGGCUACUGUUCUCCUUCUCCCCACACCCUGGCAGUCUGAGGAAUCAGACGUUACUGUGACAAACCUGGGCCGCUGGCACUAAAAUGUCCCUAAGUGGUGGCACUGCAGGCGGGAAAGGUGUGGACUCGAAUGCGGUGGACACUUACGACAGCGGUGAUGAGUGGGAUAUCGGGGUUGGAAAUCUGAUUAUCGACCUUGACGCUGACCUAGAGAAGGACAAACUUGAGAUGUCUGGCACCAAGGACGGAGGAGGAAUGGCAGCUCCACCUAGCGCAGUAGCGGCUCUGCCAGACAAUAUCAAGUUUGUGAGCCCGGUGAGCGCCCCUCAGGGCAAAGAGAGCAAAUCGAAAUCGAAACGCAACAAAAAUUCUAAAGACAAUAGCAGCAAGACUCCAUCUGCAGAUGGAGCAAAAAAGGACCAUCAGGGACGGACCCAAGGGGAGGUUACUGGUGCGACAGGUAGUUCAGGAGGCGGCACCUCUGCUCCUGGCAAAGGCGUCGAGAAGGGCGCCAAGGCCUCACGCAGCGUGCCCAACAGCAAAAAGGAGAAGGAAGUAUCAAGCGGGAAAAACAAGAAAGAAAAAAGCGAAAGCGGACCAGUUGCAGUCGUGGCAAUUGAGAAGGAGAUAGUAGCAAACGCUCAGGCGUUUGGAAGCACACGCAACACGCCCUUUGAUAGUACGCAAAAUGCAGACAUGGCUGUGACAGAGCAGCUUGGGAAUAACGCUCUGGAAACUGUUGGAAUUGUCUCUCCGUUAGCUAUUAAAUCAGAGCCAGAGGAGCUUGACGGGGAAUGCAGAGCUUUGAAGAAGGUGAAAAAUGAAAAGGGCAAAAUGUGGGUGACUGGGAAGUUGACAUCAAUACGUUGAGGCUACUGUUCUCCUU